AUGUCGCUUGUCCGGAAGACACUCGCCGUCCUGCUGACGGUCGCCCUCCUUGCCGCCUGCGCGACGGCUGAGAUGGUCGAGCUCAACCCGGCGAACUUUCACAAAAUCGUGAAGGACCCGUCGAAGAACGUCUUCGUCAUGUUCUACGCUCCGUGGUGUGGGCACUGCAACAACAUGAAGUCGACCUGGCUGGAGCUGGCGGACAAGUACCCCAUAAUGGAGGACGUUGUCAUCGCCCGCGUCGACGCGAGCAAGUACCGCGGCAUCUCGAAGGAGUUCAACGUCCACGGGUUCCCGACGUUGAAGUUCUUCUCCAAGAAGAACAAAUCGGGUGAAAUCGAGUACGAGGGCCCGCGCGAGCUCUCCGCCUUCGUGUCAUACGUCUCGGCCAACAAGCAGUGA